CUUCUCAAAUCAAGGCGCGCGUACUUCUCAGGUACUCUGAAGCCCUCCACCCCCACCCGAGCCUCUACUUCACCCUGGGUUUGUCCAGUAGAGGAACAUACUCUCCUCACUGUUGCGCAGCUUCGGCGGCCAAAUGUUGCUGCCCUCGUCUCCGCGUCAGUUCGGGGGAACCACGGAUUCCUGGAGAACUUUGACUGAUGUGAAGGCCAAAUAGCAGAAACAUGUCCGCGGCCAGUGGACUUCUCAACAGCGUUUUCUCCUGUUCUUCGCCAGCAUCCAAAGCCUUGGCCAAGCGGCGGUUACGGCAGACGCGCAGCCUGGACCCCGCUAUCAUCAGACAGUGUGGCACCGGUGGCGAGGCGGCCAGCGGCACACGUGCCUCCCCGGAGCGACUCUCCGUCAAGCCGGCAGCGCGCAACAAAGCUUUGAGCCUGAAGGAGCCCAUCACGCCAUCCUUGUCUACUCCGUCUAUACCGCUGGAUCUCUCUCCUUCCUCAAACUUUCACUUCGACUAUGAUAUCGUGAAGCGGACCAAAAGGAAUACAGCCGGGGAUUUACCCUUUCUGCCUCCCGGGAGCACGGGUAGCCUCUUCUCGCCGCGGAGAUGGCUUCAGAAGCGCGUCCAGCCCGCCACAUCUCACGCCUACGUCGUCUGGAAGUCAGAGGGGGAUUUUACCUGGCGCAGCCUGUCAGGUCGGAGUGUGCGUUUGAUGCCGGUUGCCAUCCAGAGUUUGUCGGAGCUUGAGAGGGCCAGGCUUCAAGAAGUAGCCUUCAGCCGUUUACAUCAGGACCACGACGUUGGCUGUCAGAUAACCAUGCCAAAAGAUGGACAGAAGAGGAAGAAGUCGCUGAGGAGGAAGUUGGACUCGCUAGCCAAAGAAAAGAGCAAGGACAAAGAAUGCAACCCACAGGCCUUCAGCAUCGCUCUGUCCCAGGUGAUAACCAACGACAGGACGCACAGACAGCGGCAGGAUGGCUAUCGCCUGGAUCCGCACCAACGUGAGGAGCACAAGGACUCCUCCGACCUGGUUUCCUCUAUUUUACAGUUUGCCACUAAGCGACCGUCCAACAAGGAGCUGUCCAGCAGUAACUCGUCUCUAAGCUCCACGUCAGAAACAGCCAACGAGUCCACGUCACCCAACACACCCGAGGUGGCACCAAGGGCGCGUAGGAGGGGAGGAAUGUCAGUGGACUCCAUCACGGACCUGGACGACAACCAGUCGCGCCUGCUGGAAGCGCUGCAGCUCUCUCUACCGGCAGAGACGCAGAACAAAAAGGAGAAACAGCGGGACAAACGGCUGAGCCUGAACCCCAUUUACCGCCAAGUCCCACGAGUGGUUGACAGUUGCUGUCAGCACAUAGAGAAAUACGGUUUGCAAACAGUUGGGAUUUUCCGCGUGGGAAGCUCCAAGAAAAGAGUACGGCAGCUUCGUGAGGAGUUUGACCGCGGUGCUGAUGUCCAGAUGGAUGAAGAACACAGUGUCCACGACGUGGCUGCGCUUUUGAAAGAGUUCCUGAGGGACAUGCCGGAUCCGCUCCUCACCAAGGAGCUCUACACCGCCUUUAUAAACACCACAUCCAUGGAUCCCGAUGAGCAGCAGACUGUUAUGCAACUACUGGUCUACCUUCUCCCAGCAUGCAACAGUGACACUCUGCACAGACUGCUGGAGUUCCUCUCCACAGUGGCUGACCAUGCUCACGACCAGCACGACAAGGAUGGCCAAGAGGUCACAGGGAACAAAAUGACGUCACUGAACCUUGCCACUAUCUUCGGUCCAAAUUUACUGCACAAGCAGAAGACCUCCGACAAGGAGUUCAGCGUGCAGAGCACAGCGAGAGCCGAGGAGAGCACCGCAGUCAUCGCUGUGCUGCAGCGGAUGAUUGCAAGCUACCAAACGCUCUUCAUGGUCCCACCUGAUCUGCAAAAUGAAGUCUUGAUGAGUCUGCUGGAAACUGAUCCUGACGUGGUGGACUACCUUCUGAGGAGAAAAGCAUCACAGAGUCCCGAUCUGCUGCCGUCGUCCCAGACUUUCUUGAGCGAACGCCGCUCAUCCAGUGACUCGAACAAAGCGUCGAGCGGAGAGGUUUCACCCUAUGACAACAACUCACCGGUUCUGAGCGAGCGCCGGGGUGAACCUGGAAGCGAGCCGUCACAUUAUCGUGUCACAGAGCAGCACACCUGUUUGGGUCAGGUGACAAACUGGGGGAGAAAUUCUUCCAAAGACUUGGAGGAGCAUGUGAACAUUUGGGGUACGUGGCAUGCAACUUUGAAACCUGCACUUAAGGAUCAAGCCCACACCGGUUCACAUGGCAACGUCUCAGAGGGAAACUCCUCUGGCUCACAAGAAGGUCACGAUGGUCUCCAUGGCGUUGUUGACUACAGACCUCAUCCGCCGGUGACUCGAGCGUGCACAAACACGCGUGCCGAUGGGGGAAAACCACUUUUAAAGCUAAACAUCCGCCCUCAGACGACAAAUGUUGACAAUAACCUUCAGCGUGGAGGAAGGCCGUCGGGCAGCUCGGCCACAGCCGCUGAAAACCGCCUCCCGCCGCCAUACAACGCCCACCACCGACUGGCAAACUCACCGAGUUCACCUCAGCUGGUUCGGCAGCACGCCAGGCUGGAGCAGACUCACUCGUCCUCGUCGUCGUCAGAGGCGCCGAUGACGCCGCACACACCCGAGUGGCAGGACUGGCAGAGAGACCGGUGGCAGAUCUGGCAACUGCUGUCCUCAGACAACGCUGACACGCUGCCGGAGACUCUGGUGUGACGGGGUCGCGGCCCCCAGUCCAAGCCCAUCAUGUAUUUCCUUCCUUUGUUACAAGUGUGUUGUUGCCAUGGCAUUGUCGUUUACAUGUGCCGCAGCUGCCAUAUAUAGACUCCAACAUUUAUGAGCCACAAGUUUGUACAGAUGCUUCUUCUCUGUCGUCCUGUCCACGGAGAGAUAUCGUGGACUCAAAGUCGUCCGCCUAAAAUACCUCAUGAAGUAACCGCCAACUAAUUGUUUCCUAACGUAUUAAGUCUUCAUACAUUAAUGGAGAUUCAUAGGAAUAGAUUAUUCUUUUCAAAAGUUGCUGCUAAAUUUCUUCAGAACUGUACCGGUGGAACAUAAAUGUAAAAUAGAGAGUUUUUGCCAAACCGUUGCUCUUUAUCGCUUCUUAACCAGCAGUCCAAGUGCUAUUUGUAAUUUAAGUAUCCUUCAUAUUGAAUAUUAACUGUUUGACUCGUGAGCUUGAAUUGACUCCUAAAGCACUCUGCUGCUUCAGCGUUCUGUCGACUGCACAGCAGAAACCAAUGUGCCAAAGCUUGUGUCUCUUUUUUCCGAGACUUCAGUGGAUGCCCAGUGUGACGACUGAUUUCUUAGCGGGUCCAUAAAAUGUUCUGGUGAUUGUGGAGUCACCAUCAGGCCACACUUAAACCCCGUCUGAAAACUGCACUCCUCCCACUGAACCUCAAGACCUUCCAAACUUUUGAUUUGAUAGUAUUUUUUUUUAUCCUUUUUUCAUCCCAAAGGCCCCUUUCGUGGUGAUUGUGAAGCGGUGCUCUCAUGUCCAGAGCCCACUAUAUGGCGCACUCUGCUCUAUGAUCUGUGGUGUGUGUUCUAUGACGUCCAUGUCAACGUAAGCUCGCUGGCUAACUCAAUGUUGGAUAUUAGUUCCCGCAUGCUGUGACAUCAACAUGCCACUCUAAAUGCUGACAUUGCGAAAAUAAGUCUGUGGAAAUGACCAAAAUAGAGUGGCGAAUGAAGUAGCGUCUCUUUGGGUUCCACACAUCCGCUCAUUGAUUUGGCUGCCGUUUACUCGAGCUGCAAACAAACAUGAAUAAGACAUAUUUUAUUUCCUCAAAAAACGCUUUUCUUAUUGAAUUUUAAUUUUCCGCUGAGUGGAAGGAAUUCUGUGCUACAUUUCCCCCCUGUAACUGAACAUUGUCUCUUCCAACGUCUGCACUUAGUCGUCCUGAAUUUGGUCAGUCGGUCUACAUUCUGUUAUAUGCGAAACAAAGAUUUUGCUCUGAUUUGGGUUCUUCACCAGACUGACUGUCUGAUGAGUCCUUGUAAAUAUUGGUCGUCGCAACACCAACGAUUAACCUUCAAAAACAAAAAAGCAAAGUGGGUAUUUGCUGGCAAAUACUUCCAAAUGUGGUGUUUUAAACGGAGCGACAUUGUAGUGUGACUCCAUCUGGCGGUCAGACUUGGUGCCUACCACGUGUUCAUGUUUCGUCCCAAUAGAAAAAUAUUUUUUAAAAAUACAGUAAUAACAAUUGCUUGCAUUUAUCCAGCACUUUUCAAGACACCUUCACAUAAAGCAUUAAACAUCCAUGCCACUGUCACGCCGCUGCAUAGGUACUUGUACACAAAAGUGCUACGAAAAAAACAAGGUUACGCUCUCGGAAACGAACAAGCCUGUUAUUGCUCAUAGUUCCGUCUCCAUGUGCAUGUGAAUUAUGUAUAGUUUAAACGUAUGCAUUUCUUCAUUUGAACGUUGUAAUGUAAUAUAUGUUGAGACACUUUUUAUGGAAGAAGCUAGACUAGUUACGACUUACGUGUUCCAGAACAGGAAGCAUUUUGUUCCCUCGUGUGGCUUUACUGUGAAGGUAAAGGUGAGUGCCAUAUUGUAUUUCGUCUGACCUGGUGGAGCGCAAACUUUUUAUGGAGUGUCUGAUAUUUGCUCUUUUUGUACUGCGUGUUGUCUGUAUACUAUCAUGGAAUAAAAUAUG